CAGUAAAGGGGUAAAGGCCGGUAUGGCACUAUAAGAUACCGUAGUGAUGAGCCGUAGCGUAUGUGGCGUAUAUUUCUGGCUCGUAUUAUCAUUCUGUCGUGAUUUCCAGGAAGCAACCAAUGGAAAACGCCCUAAUUAGCCCGGAGUGAGUCUUGAUUCGGGUGCAAGUUCACAUCUCUAGGGUUUCCAAGCUACGGGAUUUUCGACUUUGGAUCUUACACGCGGGAUUUUUGCAUCUGGAUUUUUAUCUGUUGCAUUUUCAACUUAGGAUUUUACAACAUGUUUUUUUGCAAUGGUCCUUGACUCUGUUGUUCAGCGAGAGGUAUGUUUACAAUUAUAAACGUCACCGAAGACAAUGGUAAUCUCAAAUCCCCACCGAUCCGCGCUCUGAAAGAAGCCCUGAAAGCGCAGACAGUUGACAAAAUAUGGGCUGUAGCUCCGGGUCAUGUGUUCUACGUCGUUCGAGGUGACAGUUGUUUGCACACAUGUAGCCUCUAUGAGAGUUUGUCUUCAAACGUGAAACAAGCGCCUGUGAACUCGCCACUGAUUAACUUAAUCGGCGUGGGGAGCGGCUACGUGAUCAUUGUCGCUGAAGACGGCACAGUGCAAGUCUUGAAGCAUUCCCCCGAAGAAGGUUGGCUGCCAGCAGGACGUAUUUGUCUCCCAGAGGGCGAUCCAAUUGUUCGGGCCGCGUUAUGCCAAAACCGAUACUUCUUUUGGGUCCGUCAAGGACGAGGAGCGCACCCAGCUGUUUCGUGCGCCCUGUGGAGGUGCAUCUUCUCCCCCGAAGACUGCACCGUUACCAGCGUUUGCUGUCUAGCUGUCGGUUUGCCCGUACAUAGCCUCUAUACAUUUGGAACUUCCGUAACAGUCUUCCCGUCGGCCCCCGACGUAACAGCAAUUUUUUGGACGUUCACCGAAGCGGACACAUUCAGUUUAUCGCCGAUAUCUCAACCAACGCAGCAUCUGUACAGCAGUACCUUUGAGCUGCCACUCGACGCCGGCUUUCAGUACAGGCGUCACCUUCGCCUGUGGCGACUGCAAGACCGAGCCGCGCAGGUCCUAGACGUUUUGCCGUCCCAUCUUGGAACCAGCCUGUACAUUUUUGUCUGGGACGGCACACUAACGACCCUGAGCAUCUUGGGUCCGAAUCCACGAACUCUACAACUGGAGACCGGAUUGGAACGGCCCGUAGCCUCUUUUACCUUUGGUCCUGUUAUCGUGCUUGUUAGGGAGAAAGAAUUGACAGUUUAUGACGUGAAAACUGGAAAACAGAUGCAGCACAGCGAGCCUGUACCGGGAAAGCUACGCAAGGUAUUGGCCGUCAUCGGAGGCUUCUGUACGGAAACCGGCAUCCACCGCCUGCGUCUGCACCAGGACGCAAAGGACGACAGACUGCCGUGCGUGCUGCAGAGCGAAGCCCUGCAACUCUGCUUCUCGCUGCCCGACUGCGACGUCGACAAAGUGUCGACGGCGGUUCGAACUAAGUUGCACAGGAUUCUGGAGCCGUUAGUCGACUGCUACCAGAAGCUGCAGGUGGCAAGAGAUGCACUGUUAGUUUGACUAUAGUUAGGAGAGAUAUUCCCCUGCAACCUUCAGAAUGUUGGAGAUAGGGUUCCGCAUUUUCUGCAUUUGCCAACACACACCAGACAGAUUUUUUUUUUUUAAUUUUUAAUUUGGCAUUUUCCUAAAAACUCAGAAUUAUACCGCUGCAUAUGGUGCUACAUGCCGAAAAUGCCGGUACCCGAUUAAAGUGGAGUGCGGGGAACACCGCCCUUCAGAGCCGUUAGCCUCUAGUUCGAGGAAAAGCCUUCCCCUGUACAGGGGCGGAACCAGACCCUCAGUUUGGGGGGGG